UCUCCGGAGCAGACCAGGCCCGAGGCUGGGCUGGAUCUGGCUGCCAUGUUCUCCCUGCCGUCCCUCCCCUCCUGGCUCCCGGGCCUCUCCUCCCUCGAGUGGGGCUCCGGCCUCCUCCUCGACUCUGUUCUGAAAGGCCUCAUCGGGGCCUGCGGAGUCUCCGUCCUGAACAGCCUCCUGAAGGUUUACUUCUUCGUGGGCUGUGCCAACAACCCGGAAUGGCGGCUGGAAAAGGAGCGGCUGCAGGCCCGGUGGGCCUUGCUGGAGUCCGUGCACCUGCCCGGGCUGGCCCUGAUCCUGACCCUCGUGGGGCCCCGGGUGGCCUCCCUGGUGGUGCUGGAGUUCUCCCUCAGGGCUGUCUCCACGCUGCUGUCCCUGGACAAGGGCUCCGGGAGCGCCGAGACGCUGCAGCUGUACCUGCUGGGCCAGUACUCGCUGGGCUGUGGGCUGAGCUGCGGCCUGAGCUUCCUGCAGGAGGGCGCCCCUCACCGCACGCUCAACCUGGGCCGCGCCCUGGUCGUGGCUUUUGCUGUGGGCGACCUGGCGGCCGUGGCCCUCAUCAACCGGGACUUCAUGACCACCUCGGAGGCUGUGCGCUUCUGGACGCCGCUCACCAUCUGCUACACCCUGCUGGUCAUCUACAUGCAAGAGGAGCAGCGGCAGCACCCUGGCCUGCAGAGCCAGGUCCAGACAGUGCUGGUGCGCAUGGGCGGCCUCUUCGUGCUGCUGCUGACGGUGGGCCGCUGGCUGGACCUGCUGGGUGUCCUCAUCUCCCUGCUGGGCGAGCUCUGGUGCCUGGUGGGCGUCCGCACUCUGCUUGACCUCUGCCAGAAACAGGAUUUUCCACCCCAGAGGCCUUCCGUGUCAGCUCCAAGCCAGCCCCAGCCCUCGGCACCUGCCCAGACCCAGGGGACGGCCCCUUCCUGACCUGCCCCAGAACGGACUUCCGGACCCACCCAGGCUCACCUGGAGGCCUGACACCAGCACGGUGCCCGGAGGCAGGGGGCAGGGUUGGCCCCACCUGGAACUCGCACUGGAGCCCCUGAGAGGGACGGAGGAUUUGGGGUUAGGAGGGGGCACCUGGGGCCACUGGGUUCAUCCUUUACUGGGGUGGGCAGGGGCACACAGCCCUGAGACCUGCCCCAGGGGCCUCCCCCUACAGCCUUCCUUCCUCUCCUCAGACAAUAAAGGUGUUUUUC